ACAUUUGAUGUCAAAAACCAGUAUUGCCAUCUGAAGGACUUUAAUCACCGCCUACUCUAAUUUAUUUAUUUUUUUGAUCGCACGGUAGUUUACAGUGAACUUUUUGAAAUGACAAAAAAUACUGACCGAAAUUUUAACUCCGCAACUGUACUAUCGGCGUCAAAAAAAUUGAAACACCAACAUUAAUCAAGUAAAAAAAAUAUUUAUUUAUUCAUUUUUUAAGUAAAAAAACGUAUGUAUCAAGCACAUCCACGUUUUACCAAAAAAGGCUUAUUUACUUCAACAGUUUUUUAAAAGUUGAAUUUUCUUUUCUAUUCUUAAAAAAAAGUGAUAUUCUUAUCGUAAAAGGAGUCAAUAAAAUGAUUUAAAAGUGCGAUUAUUUGUUUAAUAUUUAUUACAUUAAUAUGUAAGUUUCAUCAAAUUUGGGUUGCAUUUAAUUUAAAUUUAAUUCAGCUCAUUAAUACUGGUGCCAUAAAUCAAAAAAAAAAAAAAUUAUCUUAAAAUCAACUUGAGCCUGUUUAAAAGUGAAAAUAACGUUUGUAAAAAAAUUAAAAAAAAUUCUUCAAAAACAGCUGAUAACUUAGUAUUUAUCAAGUGACAUGAGCCAUGCCCCCACCUGUGGUGCCCACCUGUUACAUCACAAACCGAGACAACCCCAUAUCUUUAUCUCUUACUCUCCUAUUACAAAAGUGUAACUUAAAGCAAGUAAUUGCGUAACACAUUACGUAACAGAAAUAAACAAACCAAUAACAAACCAGCAAUGCAUGCAAUUGACCAAUCCUUAUUUUUGUCAUUAUUGGUGAAUCCUCACCAAAGUGGUGUGAAAUGCCACUGUUAUCAUCGGAUUUAGUGAUAAAAAUCUGUAAAUAUUGACACUGUGUGAUACUGAUACCAUGUGAGUUGUGUUUGUGCCAAUUAUCAAAAGAUCCAACAAUGGAACAAGACUGGUUCUUCUAUUCCAUCACUCUUUUCACAUUUUCAGUGAUUUUCGCUUUUUGUUACAUCCGUCACGUGUAUACAUUUUUCGAAAGAAAGCGAAUUCCAAAGGCAGGCUAUCCCACUUUUCCUUUCGGACACCUCUACAAUGUUCUUUUCGAAAAAGUGCCUAUUUUUAUGCAAUUGUGGAAGUUCUACAAUCGAUUUAAAAGGAAAAAAUGCAAGUUUGGUGGUUUUUACAUGUUUCUAAAACCAGCGAUAAUGAUUGUGGAUGCGAAACUAAUCCAAUUAUUUUUUACUGAUGUUUUUGAAAAUGAAGAAAGAAAUGAUUUGGACACUGAGUUUUGUGAAGAAAUGUUAUGCAGUGUUUUGAAAAGUGUGCAAAAAGUUUGGCCGGAAGUAGGACAAAUUGGCGAAAAGGAAAUUAAUUUUACACAAAUUUUGGGCAAGGAAUUUGUCGAAUUGUGCAUGCAAGAAUUUUUUUCGACUCAAUUGUACGAAAUAAAAAGGCCAAGUAUUUUCCCACUUUUCCGAAAAUGUGUUUCUUUGACUUACCCACAAUUAUGCAAGAGUAAGGCAUUUCGUAAAAAAAUAUUGGAAGAAAUAGUCAAAAGACGAAAGAAAACCAAUUUGAAAGAAGACAAUGUUCUGCAAGUGCUUCAGAAAAAUGGGUUUUCACCUAGUGAUACAGUUGAUUUUAUCUUAAAUCUUGUGGACUAUUUGGAAAAAUCGAACAAUUUAAUUCUUUUCACACUGUAUGAAUUGAGUCUCAACAGGGAGAUACAGGAUGAUUUAAGAGGAGAAAUAUUACGAUUUAGAAAAAAUAAAGGCACUUUUACGUACACUGAAUUGAAACAGUUGACUUAUUUAGAAACAGUUAUUUGUGAAACGUUAAGAAAAUAUCCAAUCAAACCUUUUGUAAAUAAGAUUUGUAAAAACAGUUUUGAACAAAAUGAUAUGAAAUUUGAUAAAAAUCAAACAGUAUUUUUAUCCAUAUUUGGGAUUCAUCACGAUGUUGACAAUUAUAUUAAUCCUGAAUUAUUCGAUCCUGAUCGGUUUUCGGAAGAAAAUGAAAUGUUUAUCGAUUCGAUCAAAUAUUUACCAUUUGGACACCAAAUAAAAAAUGAUUUUGAUUCUCUUUAUGUCAAGUUAAUUAUGAAAUUGGUUCUAAUAGAACUCCUUUCAAAAUAUGAAUUUUCAUUGGGAAAAAGAGCACCGAAAUGUGUUACGUUCGAUGAAAACUUUUUUGAAAUCAAAUCGAAAGAGGACAUGUGGUUGAAAAUAAAAAAAGUUUGUAAUUAAUUUCUGUUUAUUAAAAUUGUAUUCGAAAUGUAA